GGACCGUCGGAGCGAUCGGACGCAGAUAGUCGUGGGUAGAGGUAGAGUAGCGCGCAGUGCCAUGUGUAGUUCUAUACGUUCGCGAUAAGUAUGAUGUUCUAUGGAUUCAAUCACCUACGAAAUACAGCGCAAUCUGCGACGAAAUUCGCCUGCAAUAGAUAAAAAGACGGAGCAUUUCGGCGUGAAGUGAUCUUUCUUGGAAGCGCGAUCAUUCCAAAUCGAAUGCCACGCAAUAUUGAUGUCUGCCGUGGGCCAGUGGAAAAGUUUACUUGCCGCAAACGUGAAUAGAAAUCGAAUUCGUAGAUCUGAAACUGAAUCUAAAAGCGCUCGCAUUUCCAUCUGGUUUCUCGCCGGCUAAUGCCAAACUAAUUAUAUUAAUACCGAGCGCGUGUCCCCUUUCGUAUCGAAAAGUGCUAAUCAACCGCGGCCGUCCAAAGACAAUCCAAACCAAAACCCGGUGACCGAGCGCGUCCCCUGUAAUUGUAAUGCAACACUCUAUAUAGUGCAAUUUAGCUCCAAUCAGUGCAAUCAGCAUGCAGUCGAUGAAAGCCGAUGAACUGCCGGAGAAUCCGCGGGAGCGAUCCAAUCCCCUCUCCUCCCUUAUGUUCUGUUUCGCCCUGCCCGUUCUGUUUAAAGGGCGCAAAAAGACGCUGGAGCAGAAGGAUCUGUACAGAGCUCUGAAGGAGCACAAGUCGGACUCCCUUGGUGAUCGGUUGUGCGCCGCCUGGGAUGAGCAGGUGGCCAAGAAUGAAACUCCACGUUUGGGUCGCGCCCUGACCAAAGUAUUUGGCUUUCAUUUGUUUCUCACGGGAAUAACCCUGUUUGCCCAGGAGUUUUUAACCAAAGUCACCCAGCCCAUUUGCCUGAUUGGGGUGAUGGCCUACUUUGCCGGCAAUGAUCCGGAUCGAUUCAAGGCCCAGUUGUGGGCAGCGGGUCUCAUAGCGGGUUCCGUGUUUAGUGUGUGCUUGGGUCAUCCCUAUAUGCUGGGUCUACUUCACCUGGGCAUGAAGAUGCGCGUUGCACUUAGCAGUCUAAUCUAUCGCAAGGCUCUGCGGCUGAGUAGAACUGCUCUGGGGGACACCACAGUGGGUCAGGUGGUCAAUCUGCUCUCCAACGAUGUGGGUCGAUUUGAUUUGGUUCUGAUCAACGUUCACUACCUGUGGAUAGCUCCGUUGGAACUGAUUGCCGUCACCUACCUGAUGUAUCUAGAGAUUGGCAUAUCAUCCAUGUUUGGGGUCGCUAUAAUGCUUCUGUUCCUGCCAUUCCAAUCCUACCUCGGCAAGCGGACCAGCGUUCUGCGCCUGCGUACCGCUCUGCGAACGGACGAACGCGUCCGCAUGAUGAACGAGAUCAUUUCGGGCAUCCAGGUGAUCAAGAUGUAUGCGUGGGAGAAGCCAUUCGGCAAGAUGUUGGAGAUGACCCGCUUCAAUGAGAUGCUGUGCAUCAAGCAAGUGAACUACAUCCGCGGCAUCCUCAUCUCGUUUUCCAUGUUCCUGUCGCGCAUAUUCACCGCCUCCAGCCUGAUUGCCUUCGUCCUGUUGGGGAACAUGCUCAAUGCCGAAAAGGCUUUCUUUGUCACUGCCUACUACAAUAUCCUGCGCCGAUCGGUGACCAUGUUUUUCCCGCAGGGCAUCUCCCAGAUGGCCGAGCUACUGGUCUCCGUUGGGCGGUUGGAGACGUUUAUGCAUCGCCCGGAGACAAAAGUCGGGGAUAAGUCGAAGGGCAAAGCUGCCAUCCCGAAGGCAGAGUCCCUAAAUGGAGACAGCCCCAAGAGCAAUGGAAUACCGGAGAAUUUGAUCGAGUUCAGCCAGUUUCAGGCUCGCUGGGAGAGCCAUUCGCAGGAGCCCACUCUGGAGGACAUCAAUCUGCAGCUGGGUCGUCGAAAGUUGGUUGCCGUCAUUGGACCAGUGGGCGCUGGCAAGUCGAGCCUUAUCCAAGCCAUACUUGGAGAACUGCCAGGCGAGAGUGGCACCCUCAGGAUCAAUGGCAGUUAUUCCUAUGCCGCCCAGGAGCCCUGGCUCUUUACGGGAACAGUUCGCCAAAAUAUCUUGUUCGGCUUGGAUUGGGACAAGCAUCGCUAUCGCACCGUGGUGAAGAAGUGCGCCUUGGAAAGGGACUUUGAGCUACUGCCCUUCGGUGACAAGACCAUAGUGGGCGAGCGAGGAGCAUCACUUUCCGGCGGGCAAAAGGCCAGGAUAAGUUUGGCACGAGCAGUUUACCGACGCGCAGAUAUCUAUCUACUUGACGAUCCACUCAGCGCCGUGGAUACCCACGUUGGGCGCCACUUGUUCGAUCAGUGUAUGCGCGGCUAUUUGAGGAGUGAGCUCGUCAUACUGGUCACCCACCAGCUGCAGUUCCUGGAGCAGGCUGAUCUUAUUGUUAUCAUGGAUAGGGGUAGGAUCAGUGCCAUGGGCACGUACUCGUCUAUGAAGCGCAGUGGAUUGGACUUUGCCCAACUGCUGACGGCGACCAAUAAAGAUGAUGAGGAUCUGGACGAAGUCGACGGCGCAAGUGGAGACGGUCUAGACCUAUUGAAUGUGCCCUCGCUGAGCAGAAGGGGCAGCAGGAAUAGUAAGCCGAGUACGCGAAACAACAGCUUCACUUCGUUGAGUUCCAUGGCGGAGUCAAUAGCCCAGGAGGCGUCUUUGCAGAUGCAGGAGACGCGAGUGGAGGGCAAGAUCGGUCUGGGGCUUUACAAGGAGUAUUUGACAUCGGGCAGUAGCUGGCUCAUGAUCUUCUUCAUGGUCUUCCUAUGCCUGGCCACCCAGAUUCUAUGCUCGGCAGCGGACUACUUCCUAUCUUACUGGGUGGACAAGAACGUGGACGGUCAAACAGAUAUCAACACGGAUCCGCAGGACAUGUACUACUUUGCCGCGCUCAAUGUGGCUGUGGUGGUGUUCACCAUUGUGAGGACCAUGCUCUUCUACAAGAUGGCCAUGCGCAGUUCCACGCAGCUGCACAAUGCCAUGUUCCAUGGGUUAACGCGGGCUGCCAUGUACUUCUUCAACACGAAUCCUUCGGGACGCAUACUCAAUCGAUUCUCGAAGGAUCUCGGCCAGCUGGACGAGGUGCUGCCAAGCGUUAUGCUGGAUGUGGUGCAAAUCUUUCUUGUACUAAUCGGCAUCAUCGUUGUGAUCUGCAUCACUAAUCCGUACUACCUCACUUUAACCUUGGCCUUGGCCAUAAUAUUUUACUAUAUCAGGGAAUUUUAUCUGAAGACCUCGCGGGAUGUGAAACGAUUGGAGGCGGUAGCCAGAUCACCCAUAUACUCCCAUCUAAGCGCCACGAUUACCGGGCUGCCAACGAUACGCGCCUUGGGCGCCCAAAAGGAACUUAUUGCUGAGUUUGACAAUCUGCAGGACCUGCACAGCUCUGGAUAUUAUACCUUCCUGGCGACGAAUCGCGCCUUUGGCUAUUAUCUGGACUGCUUUUGCACGUUGUACAUUGUGAUCAUCAUUCUCAACUACUUUGUUAACCCGCCUCAAAGUCCCGGAGAAGUGGGCUUGGCCAUUACACAGGCGAUGGGGAUGACCGGCAUGGUGCAGUGGGGAAUGCGACAGUCGGCCGAACUGGAGAACACAAUGACCGCAGUGGAACGCGUUGUGGAGUACGACGAGAUCGAACCCGAGGGCGAAAUCGAAUCACGCGAGGGCAGGAAACCCGCUCCAAGUUGGCCCGAAAAGGGUGAGAUUAUCGCGGAGGACCUGUGCCUUCGCUACUUCCCGGAUCCGCAGGCCAAGUACGUCCUCAAGGCGCUGAACUUCCACAUUCGUCCGUGCGAGAAAGUGGGCAUCGUGGGCCGCACUGGAGCUGGCAAAUCCUCGCUGAUCAACGCGCUCUUCCGCCUUUCCUACAACGAGGGCAGCAUUACCAUCGACGACAGGGACACGGCUGACAUGGGACUCUUUGAUCUGCGCAGCAAGAUAUCCAUAAUACCGCAGGAGCCUGUGCUCUUCUCGGGCUCCAUGCGCUACAACUUGGAUCCCUUUGAGGAGUACAACGAUGCCAAGCUGUGGGAUGCAUUGGAGGAGGUGAAGCUGAAACCUUUGAUUGCCGAACUGCCCAGUGGACUGCAGAGCAAGAUAUCCGAAGGAGGCAGUAAUUUCAGUGUGGGCCAACGCCAGUUGGUGUGCCUGGCCAGGGCUAUUCUCCGCGAGAAUCGCGUCCUGGUCAUGGAUGAGGCAACGGCCAAUGUGGAUCCGCAAACGGAUGCACUGAUCCAAGCCACAAUAAGGAGCAAAUUCCGGGAAUGCACUGUGCUCACGAUAGCCCAUCGUUUGAACACGAUAAUGGAUUCGGAUCGUGUUCUGGUCAUGGAUGCUGGUCAUUUGGUAGAGUUUGGAUCUCCGUACGAGCUUCUCACCUCCACCGACUCGAAGAUCUUCCAUGGAAUGGUCAUGGAAGCUGGACAAAACACAUUCGACAAUCUUCUGAAGGUAGCCGAAAAGGCCCACUUGGAGUCGAAGAAACCCAAAUCGGAGUAGAUUAAGGAUCUGGUAAACGCUGGUUACUAAACUGGAAGCCAAAAAGGUCUCAUUUCCUGGCUGUAAGCGUCUGCAAAGUUGUACCUAAUCCAGCCAGCUGCAUUUAAGCUAGUUUUCUACUUAAAGUAUUAUACCUUCGAACCAUACAUACUUAUAGAACUCAAUUCUUAUAGAGCGUAAUGCAAUGAAUCAGCCCAACGAACGGUUAAAUAUACAGUCUCAAAAAUGUAGAGGUUUAGUGAAAGCUUUAUAAAGUUUAAAACUCAUGUA